AGAAUGAAAACUACCACCUUAUGUCAGAUGAAGCAAGGAAAAUUUCCGUUUGACAAGCAAAAUGUCAUUUGAUCAUGGAUUCAUGGCGCUACAACACUAGCAACGUAGUACUAGAAUGGGAAGCCACAGCUCCAGCUCUGAUACCGAAUAAUAACCCGAGUCUGGCCGAAUAUUACCUGGUAGAUAUGAGCACACUGAGUAGCGAGGAUAACUGCUGUGUUCAGCAUAGUGCCGUCAAUCCACAUACCUAUUAUAGCUACAGUUCACUAGUGCUGACAUUUGUACUAGCCAGAGAAUUCGGUUAUUACCUGAUGGACUACUAUCUGCCAAGUGUUCUGCUAGUUAUCCUGUCAUGGAUGACGUUUUGGCUGGAGCCUAACUCAAUACCCACCAGGGUGUCUCUUGGUACAAGCACUAUGUUGACGUUUAUACUGCUAUCAUCGAAGCCAGGAUCUCGUGGUGAUUUGAGUCUGCUCUACUUCAGAACGAACGAUGUGUGGUUCAUAGGAUGCACCGCCUUCAUAUUCCUCUCAUUGGUCGAGUUUGCUUUUGUCAACUGUAUACACAGACAAGA